AUGCACGCUUCGACGGCUUCGACAUCCUUAUCUUCGACUUCACUCAUAUCGCUGCCAAAGCCAAAAGUGGAUCUCCUCGCCCAUGUCUGGUUCCAGCGAAGAGGCGAAUCAUCAUGUCACCGUGGUGCUCUUCGACUCACAUCCCAUCAUCUCAUCUUUGAAUACCCGUUGGAUCGACCAUCACGGCACCUCCAAAUCCCGCUCUCCCUGAUCCUCAAGGCUACAAGGAUACCCUCUCUUCGCAUCUCCAGUCAAGCUUUAUCCCCCUCUCAACGCAUCUAUCCCAUCACUCUCUUCUGCAAGAACUUUGACUCGGCCGCCUUUGCUUUCCACUCCGAGCAUGAUCAGCUGGCUGUCUUUGACAGUCUCAAAGAGUGUGCUAUCCUCACCGAUAUCUCUCAACUCUAUGCAUUCUACUACCAGCCAGCGCCACACGAUGCUCUUCCACAGCAAGACGUCGCUCGCAUCUACGACCCCAAGAAGGAAUUCGCUCGUCAAGGUCUUGGCUCUCGGUCCAAAGCCUGGCGCUUCACCGACAUCAACGCUCACUAUUCUUUCUGUGCCACCUACCCAGCACUCAUGGCCGUGCCCUCUCGCAUUAGCGAUACUACCCUGAGCUAUGCAGCAAAAUACCGCAGCAAGGCUCGCAUACCCGCUCUCACUUACUUGCAUUGGGCCAACCAUGCCUCCAUCACACGUUCCAGCCAGCCUAUGGUCGGCCUGAAGAAUGCCCGCUCCAUUCAAGACGAAAAGCUAAUCGAAGCCAUCUUCACUUCCCACCACUUUGCCGACCCCGAAUCCAUCACAGCUAAAGUCGCUGCCGAUCCCGCCACUGGUGCCGCCUCCACCGCUUCUGGUGCACCUGCCCUAGCUACCGUCUACGGCGCCACCACCACCAACCUCAUCCUUGACGCACGUCCCACCACCAAUGCCAUGGCCAACGUAGCAAAAGGCGCCGGCACCGAGAAUAUGGAAUACUACAAGGGCUGCAAGAAAUCCUACCUCGGCAUCGAGAAUAUUCACGUCAUGCGCGACAGUCUCCAUAAGCUCACCGACGCUCUGCGUGAAAGCGAACCCAUCGCCACUUUUGCUAUGCCUCUGGAGGCGCUCAACGAUCCUACCCUAACAGACUCACUCACCGACGCAUCUGCCUCGGUGCUGCCUCUCAACCCGACACCCGUCGAUCCCGCAGCUUUGCGCAAGUCCAUGUGGCUCAAGCAUAUCCAGUCGCUCAUGCAAGGCUCCAUGUCCAUCGUACGCAACCUUCACAUCAACAGCUCCCAUGUUCUUAUUCACUGUUCCGAUGGCUGGGAUCGCACCUCACAGCUCGCUGCCAUCGCUCAAGUCUGUCUAGACCCCUACUUCCGCACUUUCCACGGUCUCGCUGUUCUCAUCGAGAAGGAUUGGCUCAGCUUCGGCCACAAGUUCACAGACAGAGGCGGUCUCAAGGGUUCCGAACGCUACUUUACCGUUGCCUCCAAAAACAGCUAUGCCAACCCCAACGAUGAUGACGACAAUGGCUAUGACACAGAUCCUGAGCUCGACAAGGCCAACGCCGGCAGUGGUGGUGCAGGUGGCUUUGAUGGCCAAGCUGCUGCCAACGCCUUCUGGGGCUUUACCAAGCAACUUACCGCCAACUUCUCCGCAGCUACAUCCAGCGCUGUCGCAGGUCCAAAGAAGGGCUCCAACAUCAAGGAGACUUCUCCCGUCUUUCACCAGUUCCUCGAUUGCUUGUGGCAGAUCAUGCGUCAGUUCCCACAUCGCUUCGAGUACGACUCGGCCUAUCUCGUCGAGCUGCUUCAGAUUGUGCAAGAGUGCAAGUACGGAACCUUCCUUAUGGACUGCGAACGAGAGCGCCAGAAACCUCAAGACCAAGAUGGUAGACUCCUGCCUCUUCUUUCCACACGCACCGUCAGUGCAUGGUCCUACCUGCUCAGCCCCGACGUCAAGAAGAAACAUUGCAACCCGCGCUACCAACCCGAGCUCGACGACCGCGAUCCCAAACGCAAAGACACCGAUAUGGGUGUCUUGAUCGCAGAUCCUCGCGAUGUCCGCUACUUUGAACAGCUUUUCCGAAGGGCAACCGGCGACAUGAAUGCUUCGCUAGACAAGGAAGCCGAAGAAAGGAGGAGAGCUCGAGAGAGGCUUGAGCGUGCUGUACGCGGCGACAACUCAGCUAACGCAUCCUCUGAUGCACUCAAGAUUCCCGGCGCCGACAUGAAUGGUGCUGACGCCCAGACUGCCAACCUCGUGCAAGUGCCUGGCGGAGGCGAGCUGGAGAAAGCAGAUGCAAACAUCGCUGUGGUCGGUGCUGGCGAUCCGGAUCCAGUGCUUGAUCCACUAGCCGCUGCCGCUGCAGACGCAUCUGCAACUUGCCAGAACAAGAGCAUUGCAUCUUCACCUGCACCGGGUGCUGUCGACUUGGUUACAAACGCUCAGAUUGGCCCAACGACGUUAUCGUAUCAGGCACGACAGCCCAAGGUUCGGGUACAGCAGACAGGAGCACCUUUGGCUUCCACUCCUGACAUCUCGGCUGCUUCUCCGGACUCGGCCACAGCUAUGGCCAACAACGUAUCGAGUGCCGCCGAUGUUGCAGCGAAUCGCAUGAAGAAUCUCUUCAUUGGCGGUUGGGGUCGUCUGCAAGAAGCGAUGGCUGCACCUGCUCCCGAGGGCUCUCCGCUUGCGCAUGAUUCUGCUCUCUCUCAGUCGUCAGCACGACCUACCAGUCCCAUGAAAUCAGCCAGAGAAGCACAGCAGUUGAAAUUGGCCUCGCUAGGUUUCGGUUCUCAGCACUCGGCUCACCAGGACCCGUUGAGUUUGGGCAGCGAGCUUGCAGCUCCACCUUACUCUGAACCAGCAGCGGCAUCGAAUCAUGCUGUGCACAAUCCGUGGGCGGCAAAUACAAGCAUGAGAGCUGAGAUGCAGCGCGAGCACGUCGCAAUGCGCGUUCCAUACGGCAGUGUUCCUCAAGGACAUGCAAAUGCAGUUCGUUCAGGAUACGGAGCGGACAGCAGGCAACAAAGUUGGAAAGCUCCAUCGUACGCAGGAAGCGGAGACAGUCAUGAAAAGGAAGACCAAGGAGCAAACGAUGAUGGCACGCAGAACUCGAGCAGGGCGAUGACUUCGGACCCACUCGGCGUUCUCUGA